CUGAGAGCAGAUUCCUGUUAGCGGCAGACCAAAGAGCUGGACUUCUGUGGGUAGGGCAGAUCCAAAUGGAGCAGACAGUUGUCAAGGAGGUUGUCAGCUAUUCAGAGCUUUAAAAGCUGAAGCCAAGAAUUUGAAGUGAACCUGGAAGCAUAUUGGUAGCCAGUGAUGCUGGGACAAAAUAGGUGUGAUGCAUUUCUGAGAACUCCCACGGGCAUUCUGACAGCUGCAUUCUGUACCAAGUGAAGCUCUGGAAUCCCCUUCAAUGGCAGCAACAUGUAGAGUGCAUUGCAGGAGUCUACUCUGGAUGGAGCCUGUGCAAGGGUUAACCGAAGCCAGGGCCUCUUGAAACUGGAAGAAGGUGCUCUUGCCCUCAUCAGUCACCCAGGCACCAAAUAAGAAGUUGGCUCUCUUUCCCCAAACUCUGCUUCCUUUCAGUUUCAACGUACUGAUUCUCAUCCAGCCCUUAGCAGCAACAGAGAAAUCCACUUCUUCCAUGUGAAAGCUCUUCAGAUAUUUGAAGGUUGCUAUCAUAUCUCUUCUAAACAUACCAGCUUCUCUGACUGUUGUUCAUAGGUUUCCAGAUUCCUCACCACCUUGACAUCUCCAGACUGGAGUUCACUGAGAGGAAGAGAAGCAAGAAAUCCCAACAUUAAGUCCAAACUGAGAUGUCAGGAGCCUGAGUUAUUCACGCAAAACCUUAAGAAUAUAACAAGUUGUUCUAGGAGAAAUUGCAUUUGAAUGUGAAUUAUAUGCUUGUCUGGAAACUACAAUAACUUUCAACGCCGCCAGCAAAGUUGGAUUGGCCUUGUGUGACUAAGCAGUGACUUCAUCACACUCUUCUUCCCCUGGGUAGCAAAGCAGCAUUAGAGGAAGAAGAGCUUUGUUGGGAGCUUAAAUUGAGCAUAGAGAGGACAUGGAUUUGCAAAGACCCACAAAUAGUGAAUCAGGAAAGGGAGCAGAUAAAGGUUCUCAAGCUAUCCAGUCUGGCAGUGAUAAGGGAUUCUGGGAAAGAACUGUGCAGAAGUUGCUGGGAGGAGACGCCACCAGCUCAGAUGUCCAGGUCAGGAGAUUCAGAAAGUUUGUGUACCAGGAGGUUGAAGGGCCUCGAGAGGUAUGCAGCCGGCUCCACCACCUUUGCCGUCAGUGGCUGGAGCCAGAGAGACACACGAAAGCUCAGAUGCUGGACCUGGUGAUCCUGGAGCAGUUCCUGAUCAUCCUGCCCCCAGAGAUGGAGAGCUGGGUGAGAGAAUGUGGAGCGGAGACUAGUUCGCAGGCGGUGGCCCUGGCAGAAGGUUUCCUUCUGAGCCAGACAGAGGAGGAGAAGCAAGAAGAGCAGCAGACAGAUGGGAUGUUAGCCAAAUCAACCCCUGAGCUCCCAGAGUACGAGACAGCUCCGUUGGUGACCCUGCAGAAGCCACUGUUCAGGGGGAUCUUGCAGGAGAGUGACGGAGGCCCCAUUGCUCUGGGCACUGAAAUGAUGCCGGCGAUUUCUCCUAGAGCUUCUCCUCUUGGAGGUGGAGGGGAAACUGUUGCUGUGCUUCCACCGGAUCAGGAGUCUGUGAGCUUGGAGGAGGUGGCUGUGUGUUUCUCCGAAGAGGAGGAGGCUCUGCUGGAUCCAGGCCAAAGGGCUCUGCACAGGGAAGUCCUGGAGGAGAUUUCUGGGCAUCUGGCCUUUCUGGGUGAUUGGAGGGAGGGAGAGAAUCAGAGCAAUGUACUGAGAAGGAGAACUGAAGGGAGCCAGAAGAGGAGGCAGACUAGUCCUUCCGACUUGCAUUCCAUCCCAAUCUCAGGAGAAUGCCACAAGGGAAGAAAAAGGAAUAAGAUCCCUCAGUAUGUAGAAACCUUGACUAGUGAGCCACAUCUGAGCGGACAUCCCACAGUCCUCUCAAGAAAAAAACCUUAUACCUGCUCAGAGUGUGGAAAGAGCUUCACCCGCUGUGAUGGUUUUAUUUCCCAUCAAAGAGUCCACACAGGAGAGAAACUGUAUACCUGCCUGGUGUGUGGAAAGAGCUUAAGUCGUAAAGAAACACUUAUUGACCAUCAGAGAGUCCACACAGGAGAAAAACCCUAUACUUGCUCAGAAUGUGGAAAGAGCUUCAAUCUUAAGUCAGGACUUACUGUCCAUCAAAGAAUCCACACAGGUGAGAUGCCUUUUAAAUGCUCAGAAUGUGGGAAGAGUUUCAUUCGGGCUAACAAGCUUACAGUCCAUCAAAGGGUCCACACAGGAGAGAAACCAUAUACUUGCUCAGAAUGUGGAAAGAGCUUUAGCCAAAACCUACAACUUACAUUGCAUCAGAGAGUUCACACAGGAGAGAAACCAUUUACCUGCUUAGAGUGUGGAAAAAGCUUCAGUCAGAAGGCAAAGCUUACUUCACAUGAAAGAAUCCACACAGGAGAGAAACCAUAUACCUGCUCAGAGUGUGGAAAGAGCUUCACCCGCUAUGAUGGUCUUAUUUCCCACCAAAGAGUCCACACAAUAAAGAAACCCUAUACCUGCUCAGAGUGUGGAAAGAGCUUCAGUCAUAAGGCAUCACUUACUUAUCACCAGAGAGUCCACACAGGAAAGAAACCAUAUACCUGCUCAGACUGUGGAAAGAGCUUCAUUCAGAAGGUAGCACUUACUGUCCAUCAAAGAGUCCACACAGGGGAGAAACCAUAUACCUGCUCAGAGUGUGGAAGGAGCUUCAGUCAGAAGUCAACGCUUACUGUCCACCAAAGAGUUCAUACAGGGGAGAAACCAUAUAUCUGCUCACAGUGUGGAAAGAGCUUUAGUCAAAACAUAAACCUUACACUGCAUCAAAUAAUACACAAAGUUUUUGAACAUAGAGAAAACAUGGAUGUCCAGAGCCCAGCAAACAGUGAAUCAGGGAAGGGAGAAGAAAAAGGCCCUCAAGCCAUCCAGUCUGACACUGAUAAGGAAUUCUGGGAAAGAAGUAUGCAGAAUAUCCUGGGAGGAGACACCAGCAACUCAGAUGUCCAGUGCAGGAGAUUCAGAUGGUUCGUCUACCAGGACAUUGAGAAGCCCCGAGAGGUUUGCAGCCAACUCCACCACCUUUGCCAUCAGUGGCUGAAACCAGAGAGACACACGAAAGCUCAGAUGCUGGACCUGGUGAUCCUGAAGCAGUUCCUGACCAUCCUGCCCCCAGAGAUGGAGAGCUGGGUGAGGGAAUGUGGAGCAGAAACCAGUUCCCAGGCGGUGGCCCUGGCAGAAGGUUUCCUCCUGAGCCAAGCAGAGGCCAAGAGGCAGGAAGAGCAGCAGACAGAUGGGAUGUUAGCCAAAUCAACCCCUGAGCUCCCAGAGUCUGAGACGGCUCCAUUGGUGACCCUGCAGAAACUGCUGUUCAGGGGGAUUGUACAGGAGAGUGACGGAGGCCCCAUUGCGCUGGGCACUGAAAUGACGCCGGCGACUCCUCCUAGAGCGUCUCCUCUUGGUGGUGGAGGGGAAACUGUUGCUGUGCUUCCACCGGAUCAGGAGUCUGUGAGCUUUGAGGAGGUGGCUGUGUGUUUCUCCGAAGAGGAGGGGGCUCUGCUGGAUCCACACCAAAGGGCUCUGCACAGGGAAGUCACCGAGGAGAUUUCUGGACAUCUGGCCUUUCUGGGUAAUUGGAGGGAGGGAAAGAAGCAGGCCGCUGGACCAAGAAGGAUAACUGAAGGGAGCCGGAAGAGGAGGCAGACUAGUCCUUCUGAAGGGCCAGACCUGCAUUCCAUCGCAAUCCAAGGAGAAUGCCACAAGGGAAGCAAAAGGAAUAAGAUCCCUCAGGAUGUAGAAACCUUGACUAGUCAGCCACAUCUGAGCAGACGUCCCACAAUCUUCACAGGUGAAAAUCCCUAUACAUGCUCAGUGUGUGGAAAGAAAUUAAGUCGUAAGGAAACACUUAUUGACCAUCAGAGAGUCCACACAGGAGAGAAACCAUAUACCUGCUCAGAGUGUGGAAAGAGCUUCAAUCUUAAGUCAGGGCUUACUGUCCAUCAAAGAAUCCACACAGGAGAGAAGCCUUUUAAAUGCUCAGAGUGUGGAAAGAGUUUCAUUCGAGCUGACAAGCUUACAAUCCAUCAAAGAGUCCACACAGGAGAGAAACCAUAUACAUGUGCAGAGUGUGGAAAGAGCUUCACCCGCUGUGAUGGUCUUAUUUCCCAUCAAAGAGUCCACACAGGAGAGAAACCCUAUACCUGCUCAGAGUGUGGGAAGAGCUUUAGCCAAAACCUACAACUUUCAUUGCAUCAGAGAGUCCACACAGGAGAGAAACCAUAUACCUGCUCAGAAUGUGGGAAAAGCUUCAGUCAUAAGGCAAAGCUUACUUCACAUCAAAGAAUACACACAGGAGAGAAACCCUAUAUCUGCUUAGAGUGUGGAAGGAGCUUCACGCGCUGUGAUGGUCUUAUUUCCCAUCAAAGAGUCCACACAAGAGAGAAACCCUAUACCUGCUCAGAGUGUGGAAAGAGCUUCAGUCAUAAGGCAUCACUUACUUAUCACCAGAGAGUCCACACAGGAGAAAAGCCAUAUACCUGCUCAGACUGUGGAAAGAGCUUUCGUCAAAACCUAAACCUUACAUUGCAUCAAAGAAACCACACAGGGAAGAAACCAUAUAUCUGCUCAGAGUGUGGAAAGAGCUUCAUUCAGAAGGUAGCACUUACUGUCCAUCAAAGAAUUCACACAGGGGAAAAACCAUAUCCCUGCUCAGAGUGUGGAAGGAGCUUUAGUCAGAAGGCAACACUUACUGUCCACCAAAGAGUUCACACAGGGGAGAAACCAUAUACCUGCUUACAGUGCGGAAAGAGUUUUAGUCAAAACAUAAACCUUACAUUGCAUCAAAUAAUACACAAAAGUUAGAAGCCUUUUAAAUGCUUAGUGUCUUGAAAAUGUUUCACUCACGGUCUCAGCUUGAGUCGAAGCAACUAUCUGAAAUUGCAUCCGAGAAUCCACACAGGUGAGAAGCCUUUUAUUCUGCUUUAGAAAUGAGGCUCCAUUUGCAGACAUCUUUACACACAAGUAGACCUUACCCACACUUUACCCUUACAAAUAUGCCUCUUGCCCUUUUUUGUGAGUCGACCUACAACAUUAUUGCUGAUAAACCUUCCAGCCUUGUUGCAAAGAGAACCCAUCCUUACUUAUGAGUAGACAUAAGUAACUCUUGCAUUCUUAUGUAUGAGUAGAGCCCACACAUACAAGUAACGUUCAGCGUAUCUGUCGGGAACUGAUCUGUUGCUGACUGACCAGGAGAGAGAUCUUGGGGUCGUGGUGGACAGCUCAUUGAAAGUGUCAUCAGUGCGCGGCAGCUGUGAAAAAGGCUAAUUCCAUGCGAGGAAUCAUUAGGAAGGGGAUUGAAAAUAAAAAUGCUCAUAUAAUAAUUCCCUUAUACAAAUCUAUGGUGCGGCCACAUCUGGGGUACAGCUUUGGUCACCAUAUCUUAAGGAAAUUGUAGAACUAGAAAAGGUACAGAAGAGGGCAACCAGAAUUAUCAGGGGCCUGGAGCACCUUCCUUAUGAGGCUAGGCUACAGCAUCUGGGGCUCUUUACCUUGGAAAAGAGGCAACUAAGGGGAGUCAUGAUCGAAGUGUUUAAAAUUAUGCAUGGAGUGGAGAGGGUAGACAGAGAAAUUUUUCUCCCUCUCACAACACUAGAACCAGGGGUCACCCCAUGAAACUGAAGGUUUAGAAAUUUAUUACCAACAAGAGGAAGUACUUUUUCACACAGUGCAUAGUUAAUCUGUGGGAUUCUUUGCCAUGGGAUGUGGUGAUGGCCACCAGCUUGGAUGGCUUUAAAAGGGACUUAGACAGAUUCAUGGUGGACAGGUCUAUCAAUGGCUACUAGUCUGAUGGCUGUGGGCCAUCCAGCCUCAGAGACGAUACCUCUCAAAUCUCAGUUACAAGGGAGCAACAGCAGGAGAGAGGGCAUGUACAUACCUCUUGCCUGUGCUCCCCAGAGGCACCUGGUGGGCCACUGUGUGAAACAGGAUGCUGGACUAGAUGAGCCCCUGGUGGCGCAGUGGUAAAACUGCCGCCCUGUAACCAGAAGGUUACAAGUUCGAUCCUGACCAGGGGCUCAAGGUUGACUCAGCCUUCCAUCCUUCCGAGGUCAGUAAAAUGAGUACCCAGAAUGUUGGGGGCAAUAUGCUAAAUCAUUGUAAACCGCUUAGAGAGCUCCGGCUAUAAAGCGGUAUAUAAAUGUAAGUGCUAUUGCUAUUGCUAUUGUCCCUGAUCCAGCAGGGCUGUUCUUACGUUAUACCCUCUGAGCCCUGCCAUUGACACAAAUGUGGUUGGCAGGGAUCAGAAACAUGGCCUUCUCAGUGGCUUUGGAAUGCCUCCCUCCCAAAGGGCUUAUUCAGUCACCCUCUGUGCUUCAUUUUAAAAAUAAAAGACGUUACUUUUAAAGUAAACCCGAAAUGUGCAUGGAACAAUUUUUUUUAUUUGUUUCAAGUUCCAAAAAUUUGUAUCAAAUUUGAAUCUUUUAAAGAUUUGAUUCAAAUUCAGGUCCAAUUUAAAAAACCAAUCGGGGGCUGAAUUCUUUAAAAAGGUGCCAAAUGGCUCUCGUAUCCUAUUCAAUUUCACAGAUUCAAUUCAAAUCUGAAUUGAAUUGCCCUUUUAAGGGGUAAUUUGAAUGGACUCACCAGAUUUGAGUCAAAUCAGUUUGAAUUGAUCAACACAUCCUUAAAAGAAGCUUUUAAAGACUGGCUGUAAUUUCGUUAUAAUUGUGGUUACUGUUCUACUUAGUAUGUCAUACUGUCUGCUCUGUCUUUGUGUUUUAGGAUGACUCCUAUUUCAUUACCUUUUACUCUUUUAUUUUUUAAUUCUUUUAUCAUGGGUUUUGUUUUUUAUGCUUUCAUUGUAAGCCACCCUGAGCAGUAAGCAGGAUGUUGGAGGAGCAACAUAAACUUUUAAAAUGUUAAAUAAAUCUACUCCUUGGAAGGGCUACAUCCUCAUCCACCACACCCCAGCUUGCCUCGUGGCUGGCGAGGAGUCCUGUUCCUGCUUAGUAUCGUGUCCUGCAGGAUGGGGCAGUGCUGCUCAAUCAGCAAGGACUCACCAGGCCUAAAUAAAGAUAACCAAGCCGAGAUAUCAAGUCUACAUGGGAGUAAGAUAAAGCAGGUCCAAUAACAAGCCAGGGUCAGAAAGCCAGGAGAUCAGGUCUGCAGGGGAAUAAGGUAAAGUACAAUGAGCAGGCUGAGAGCUUAGCAACACUUGCUUCAGAAAGCUUCUGCCGCAAACUGAGUGCUUUUUCAAGCGGAAGUAUAGUGCCUGGCCAUGCCCCUUUGUUUAUACUGCUGCAGUCCUAAAGUAAAGGUAAAGUGUGCCACUGAGUUGGUGUUGACUCGUGGUGACCACAGAGCCCUGUGGUGGUCUUUGGUAGAAUACAGGAGGGGGUGACCAUUGCCAUCUCCCGUGCAGUAUGAGAUGAUACUUUUCAUCAUCUUCCUAUAUCGCUGCUGUCUGAUAUAGAUGUUUCCCAUAGUCUAGGAAACAUACCAGCGGGGAUUCGAACCGGCAACCUCUGGCUUGCUAAUCAAGCCUUUUCCCCGCUGUGCCUGACUAGGUGCUCAUGGCUUAUUCAUUCAUUCAUUUGAUUUCUAUACCGCCCUCCCAAAAAUGGCUCAGGGCAGUUUACACGGAGAAAUCACAAACAAACUUCAUACCCAAAGCAUGGGUAUGAAGAAUGAUAUUCUGCAAUCAUUGGCUGCCACAGAGCUGAAGGAGCACUGGUGCUGGAGCCUGGAACUGGUGUGGCUUCCACCUCCUCUUCUCAACUAGAAGAGGAAGAAGAGGGCCGUGGGGCAUGCUCAGGUUGAAGGGCAGGUGUGGGAGAUCUAGGGUCCUCCGAGUCCUGGAGGGCAUCCUCGGGCUAAAGAGGGGGCUCAAGGGAUAGAGGAUCCCCUUGCACCUGGAGUAGGCAGACGGACCUCGGAGACUGCUUCCUCCUCUGCAUCAUUGGACUCGCCAAAAAGAAGACAGAGCCCUCUCUAACUGGUAUUCGGAAAUGUGAGAAAACUAUCCGCUGGCCCUGAAGAAAGGAACAAAGGUUUCCUAUAUGUAAAUUUUCUAUAUGUAACAUUUUGGUAUCUAGUUGGCCUUCUUCGUAUAAAGUAAACAAAAACAAUUGGCAGUUGUAAAUCUGCCCAGUAGAAGGGAGUAGCACACCAUUUAUUUUAAAGCCUUCCUUCCUUAAGAGAGCUGUAUUGAUUGCAGUGGAUAACCCUGGCAGUUACAUGCUUCGAAUGUCUGGGAACCAGUCCAACAGCUGGUUCACUUAAAGUCCUGAUAAGGAAGAUGGGUUUUGCCUGUAAUGCCUUGCACUUGCUAAUUAACAGGAUUUGUCUGUAUAAUGAGACUAUAUUCAUUCCUUCAUUCGAUUUCUGUACCGCCCUUCCAAAAAUGGCCCAGGCUUACACAGAGGCUUACACUCAUUCGCCUGAAUUCAGAGAAUCAUCUUUAAGCUCUAAGCUGUCUGGGUCUCUCUAAGGAAUACCAGGCCUGUAACAUGGUUUUUACAGGCUAUGGUCCUAGCUUCACCCUCCUUUAUUGCUCAUGUGGGGAGGGGGCGGUAUAGUUAGGCUAGGCGAUGCUUGCCUUUGUGACAUCAAGGAGGUGCAGAAAAAGAAUGCACAUCUAAAAUGAACUUCGAGGUGUCCUUGUUUGGGUUUUCCUAUACAAAGAGAUUCCCUCCUAUUUUGUUACUAUGUUUUGAUUAUAAAUACUCUUUAGAAAGAGAGAGAGAAAUAAACCAUGGAUGGAAGUCAUUCCUGAUGUAACCUGAAGAUGAUUUGUAACCACCUUUACAGUAAGCAUGUUUGAACUGAGUAAAGGCAUACCAGUAUAUUGAGAAGAUUAAAUUAAGAAAUAAAAUCUGAAAGCAUAAAGAAACAAUGAACAAAGAAAGCAGACUGUGAAACAAAAUGUUAAUGAAUUCUUAAUAAAAGGUGUACAUUAAUAGCA